UGACUUGCUGCUCCACGUUUCGUAGUCAAAAAGGCUCCCGAAUCUGUUGUUGUUGUUGUCUUGUUUAAUGCGCCGUUUUCAUGUUUUUAAAUAAUGUUUACAGGCUCUGCGACGGGUUAAAAACUCUAAAUUGUAAUUUAAUAACAGGAAAACACACUGUGUUUGCCAACUUUCCACUUGCACGUAAAAGCAAACUACGAAGACGACUGAAGCCAAAAUGGACACCGAAUGGACAAACGAGAACAUUUUGAAGCUUCUGAAUGCGAUGAAAACGAACAUCACGGGGCGUGACCGAAUAAGAACGUGCUACGAUGGAGUCAAAACGCUCGACUGGGAGAAGGUGGCAUUUCCUCCCUUUUCACCCAAAGAUUGCCUACAAAGGUGGAAAAUUGUGUCGUAUAAAAUACGCAAGAUUCGAACCCUCACAGAGCUUGUUGAUGAAGCUGCAGACAAAUUUUCGGAUUCACCCAAAUACCAAGAUGCCCAACGCCCAAAGAAACCCAGUCUUCCUCCAAUCAUCUUUUACCAGGAGAACAGAUACAAAUAUCAAGAGCAGCACCCAGAGUUAAAUCGCCAGAAGCUUUUCUCAUUAGUCAUGGACAAGUACGGUGCCCUGACAGACGAAGAGAAGGACCUGUAUAGGAAGAAGUACCAGUGUGCACUUGCAGAAUACAAAAGGUUAAGGCCUGUGUCUGAAAGUACAGCGGAUGGUGAUCAGGGCAUGCAAGAGAAGAGGAAGUGCUGUUCCAAGGAGACGCCCAAAGCUGAAAGUGAACUGAGUUCGGACGAAUCUACAGAGGAACACCGGCCUCGAAAGCCGCUCUCGAGCGGUUACGCCCUAUUCCUCAAAGAGCUGCGGUUGCCCAUGGACAGUGCCCUCAAAAGACACUGGUUGCUCUUUGCCGCCGAAUGCUGGCGCAAGUUGAACGACGAGGAGAAGGGCCGCCUCAAUGAACGCUGUAUGAAGAUGAAGAGCGAUUACGCCGAGAAGAAGAGGAGCUAUCUGUUGAAACGGAAAGAACGCAGAACCGAUUUUUACAAAAGCAAGGACAGCAGACCCUCAGAUUCCGAGGAUGAAGACGUUGAGGUCAGCAGCGCUGAAGAAGAGGAACAGUAUUUGGAUUCCAAUGAGGAGGAUGACGAGGAUGACGAGGGUGAAAUCUUCUUUGAUAUGUUUUGAUGGACUUUGCUCUCAUUUGACGUGAAACAACAUGGAGAACCUGCACAGUAAUGCUGUAUAAUAGCGUUUCUUGUUUAAAAAAAUAAAUAAAUAAAAAAUAAAAAACUUAUAAAUUACCAGCAAUGACAAUGUAAUUAUUCAGGUCGUAAUUAAUUACAUCUUGCAGACUUUGUGUGUCUUUUUUUUU